AUGGCUCUUUCCAGUAAAAAACAGAAAAAGACUGGUACACCAGUACCUGGUCAAAAAAGUUAUGCUGCCGCAGUCAGACCUCGCAUUACUACCACCCCACACUCUCUCAUGCAUGGAGAGGUUGUUCCUGUACGCAAUGGUACACCUACCAACCCUACAACCCCUUCAACCAACCGCAAAAUCAAAACUCGAAUUUGGCGAAACGCUCGUACCAGCGUUGGAUACUUUCUAGACAUAUCCAAGGUCGCUACUAUGACUGAACAACAACAUUUGAAGAUCAUUGAUCAGCAAUAUAAGGCUUCCAACUUCCCUGGUAUCAAGUUUUUGGGUAGAAACGCUCAACGAUACAUCGAAGUCUAUCCCAAUAAGGAUAUCGUCGAGCGAUUCCUCACCGAAGGUGUCAUAUACGAAACCGAGAACUCCAAGAUUCAACUCUUCCCUUGCAAAGCUGUGGAUGGAGAAGGUAAAUUGAUCCAGAUUACUCUAACGGACAUCCCCUUCCUACCUCAAGAACAAUUAUCACAAGAACUAUCCACGGCCAUAGGGGCCUUUGGAAAAUUUUUAGAUAUUGGGCUCAAUUAUGAACAGUCCAUGGGUUGGUUUAUGGGCUCCGGCUAUGCGAUUAUCCAGCAGCAAUCAAAUGUCAAGUACCCUACACUACACCAUAGCAUUACUUGGCAGACAGCCACUCAGGAGGAGGAAUUCUGUCAUGCAAAUUUCCCUGACAUGGCUGCCUGGUGUCGCAACUGCCAUGAAGAGGGCCACACCAAGUUUGAAUGCCCCAAGGCAAUGGCCCGCAUCAUAUGUUACAACUGUGAUAAAGCUGGACACCGUCAGGAUACAUGUACGAAACCUAGGAAAGGAUCCUCGGAUCGUGAAUUUAAGAAGGCUCGCAAGAUCCCAUCUAACACACCCUCUGUCGAAGCCAACAAAUCCCAAUGGGCCCCCAGUAAUAUUAGGAACUCAAAUGUGGGCAAGGAGCAAACUCAAGGGCAACAACAACAGCAAGAUCAGGAACCAAAGCAAGAUCUUAAGGCUAAUGCUAUGCAACCUAUUAACUUAUCGCAAGCAACUCAGUCUGGAGAUUUGCCAGACAAGCAGGGCGAAUCCGCAGAUGAGGACAGCACUAGUCAGGUUACUCCAACGUCUACCGAUGAAGAGGACGAUGAGGAUUAUCAGCCUUCCACAAGUAAUUCAGAGGAUGAAUCAGACAGCGAGGCAGAGCGUACAACGGAGGAGAUGAGUGAUGUGGAAACGAAUGGAGAUGAAACAACUACUCUCAUGAGCGACCAACAGCAAACACUAUCUCCAUUUAGCAUGAAAUCCGUCAACGGUGAUAGCAACACCAACACCCAGACAGCUUCUCCCGAAAAUCAUAACGAUUCUACGGUUCGCCACCAGAAUUUUCUGGUGAAAGCAGGCCAUCCACAAACACAAUCAUCAUACCUCCGCCACAUUCGACUUCAACAGUUCAACAUAAUAUCACUCCAAGAAACUCACGCUACUGAUACUACUAUUACUUCAAUUGAAUUACAAUUACAAGCUCAACAAUACUUAUGGACAUACUACUGCGGUAUUGUCUCUUAUUCUUCAGAUUAUAUACUGACCAAGAUUGCUACUAGUCACCUAUAUGAAUCUGAUAGAUACAUUUUUUGCAAGGUUCAUCACCCUCACAGCUUUUAUGAACCUUUUUACAUUUUAAAUUUAUAUGCGCCUGCAACCUCUGACCACCGCCCUCGACAGGAGUUCUUCGAAUCUAUAUACACCUUGCUCUCGACGCUCUCCGAGACCAUUGACCUCGAACGACUACUGAUAUCAGGGGAUUUCAAUUAUGAUUAUGCACGGGACAUCAACAAUGCCUCUCGUAUCUCGAGGACAUCGUUAAACUGGUUGGGCUAUUUAGAUCAGCACUUCCACAACUGCAUGACCCUCAAUGACAUGGACACGGUGCCAACUUAUCAACAUGCCUUUUCCACAAUCGACUACGUAUAUGCUGGACAUGCGCUACGACACUUGCUGAGCGAUGCGAACGUUGGAUUUAUUCCCCUCUCUUGGUCGGAUCAUGCCAUUCUUGAAAUUACUCUCAAGCUUGGAAAAUCCAAACUGGGCCCAGGACUGUGGAGGGGCAAUCCCUGUUACGCAAACAACCCAACAUUUCGGAAACAACUUGAAGAGACAAUUAACGCCACCAUGGAUACAAUGGAGGUGAACAUGACACCGCAAGAUCAGAUGAGUAUCAAGCAUUUGGAACGCAAACGGAAUCGACUAUUGAGAUCCAAGCCUCCCAUUGCUAUUCUCCGCAUACUACUACCGCGAAUUGACUCAAUGCUUCAAAUCUUACAACAGGAACUGGUAGAUAUUGCUGCUCUUAAGGCUGGGGAUAUCUGGCGUGAAAAAGGGGAGAAAUCUGCCGGUUAUUUGAAGCGAUUACACCAAAAGCGAACAUCUCAACAAUAUAUGGCGUCAAUUCAAGCACCUGAUUCUUGUAGAGACCUCGCAAAUAGGGGAGCAAGUAUUAUGAUUACUACAGAGGUGGUAAAUAGUGCCGUGGUUAAUGGUGACCCUUAUAUGGGUGUGACUCCAAGGGACUUUGGUGGUGCUGGUGCUACUGAAGACAGCCUUGUGGAGCAAGAUGAAACGAGGCUUCCUAUUGAUGGAUUUGGUGCUGAACCAACAGACGAUGCUGCUGACACGCAUGAUGGUGCUGCCCAGGCUGAUUUAUACAAAGCUGACCCUGUGGCGCCUGAACACAUUGAAGCCUACUUAAACUCAAUAACCUUUGAGAAAGUUUUGACCGCCGAUGAACAGCAAUCCUUGACAGAUAAUAUUACAAUGGAUGAGCUACUGCAACAAGCGAAUCGCUCAAUGAAGGCAACCGCUCCUGGUAGUGAUGGCCUGGCAUAUCCUUUUCUGUCGCUUUUAUUCAGUAUGGCCCGUUUGGAAAAACUUGUCUUGCAGGUAUACAAGGAUGCUCUCAAUGGUAUCUUUCCCUCCUCCUGGCAUGAUCUGCGUAUUCGUCUUUUACCAAAGAAAGGAUUGCUUGCACUCCUUAAAAAUUGGCGCCCAAUCUGUCUUUUAGGAUGUGAUGGCAAAGUCUUUACCAGACUUCUUGCCCACCGCAUGGCUCCUAUCCUUGGUCGUAUUAUCAAUCCGUUUCAAUCUGGGUUCCUUCAACAACGCUUCAUCUGUGACAAUGGCAUGGCUUUAUCGAUGGUCUUGGAAGAGGCUCGCGCCUUCAACCACACUGGUGCUGGUAUCCUGUUGGACCAAGAGAAAGCCUACGAUCGAUUUCGUGUCCUGCGUCAGACUCUUGUUCUUGGCAAUGAUAUGUACAUCAACAUCAAUGGGUACUUCACUCCCGCUGUCAAACAGGAACGGGGUAUCCGUCAGGGUGAUCCCCUGUCACCGCUGCUCUUUGAUGUGGCCCUUGAACCAUUCCUUCUUUCCAUAUUGCAGGAUCCCUACUUCCAUGGCUUCCAUGUGAGUAAUGGUACAUCUGCCGAGGUGGCUCCUCGUGCGUCGCCGGCGAUCAAAUGCCUUGCGUACGCGGAUGAUGUCUGUGUCCUCCUUCGCGAUGAAUUAGAUAUGUAUCGUCUCCAGCAAAAUAUGGCCAACUAUGCCGCCGUGUCCAAUGCCAAGUUCAACGAAGACAAAUCGGAGGCCUUUUCGCUGUCUGGUCGUCGGUCGCUGGCAUGGGUGAGGGCCUUCGAAGAAAUCAACGUUCACACCUACCACCACCAUGGCUCCACUGCGGCUUUUCGGUACUUGGGUCUGUAUUUUGCAUACAACCAAGCGCAACGGGCCCAAACGGAAGAAAUGCUGCUCAACUCUGUUCAAACUCAAUGUGCCAUCUACAGUCAACGCCAAUUGUCUAUCAUGGGUCGCGUUACCAUUACCAACAGUCUGAUUCUAUCCAAGGUAUGGUACAGCCUUCGAAUGCUCAGGCCGACCAAAAGGUUCUUAGAGAAGGUCAAGUCGUGUGUCUACCAGUUUGUCUGGAAAAAGAAGCGGCCGUCAAUACGCAAGGAUCUCAUCUUCCUGCCUAAAUCUAGGGGUGGUCUUGCCGUUCUCGACCCUUCUCUCCAACAGCUUAUAUUCCAAAAACGCUGGCUCAAUUAUCUCGUCGAACCGCAGAAGUAUCCGUCUUUCCUGCUACCUUUCUUGAUCUCACAUCUGUCACUGCUCCCAGGGUCCUCAGACUUCCCCUACAUGGCUUUCCUCAAUGCUGAAUGCCGCAAGUCCUCUCUGCUACAUAAGGAUCUUUCCAUUUGGCAUUCCAUCUUCGCAUCGUAUGAUUACUUCGAGUUCCCUGACCUUCGCCAGGUUGAGGUCAUUCCACUCCAGACCAUCAUGCGAUUGCCUCUGCACAAACUCCUCACUGGGCUUAACGAUAAUCACUGGCUCAAACGUCACCCCAAGUUCCUGCUCUUCGAUAGCCAUCAACAACGGUUACGUCUGAAUAUCCUGUCUACCGGCAUCUUUGUGCCUCCCUGUACCAAGGAAUCCUACUUAGACUGGACAAACUUUGACUUCUUUGGUACUCUGGGCAUCACCGAUAAGUGGAAGCUGUAUCACCCCAGCACAUAUCGCCAACAGCAACAACCGCUGAUCCCAUCAGAACAUCGGUUUACCAAUGUCAUGGUCAAAGCACUGUGGUCCUCCCCUGCCCACCCUGCUGCCAGAACGGUUCUUUGUCGGGCACUGGCGCGAUGCAUCCCACAUAAGACCUAUCUGCGCACCAUUGGCUCUGUGGAAACCCCCAUCUGUCCCUUUUGUGCCCAAGGCAUUGAUACAUUGAGGCAUUUUAUUGUCGACUGUCCUGUCAAAUGGCAACUAUGGCAAACCGCCCUGUCUCAGUACUACUCCAACUUUCCUCUGACAUCUGAAAUCAUCUAUGGCACAGUGCGUUAUUUGCAUCUCCCUCACUUUAUCAAAGAUCGAUCCAAGUAUAUUGCCGUCAUUUCUACCAUUUUCUGGCAGAUGUGGAAUCUUUACUGGCUCCACGGUAGCCAAAAUCCUUCACCCCUCUCCUCUGCCUCAAUUGAGCGCUUUCCUUCCAGGACAGUUUGUCUUAUUGACAAACUGCUUCCGACCAACUCAUAA